CGGAGGCUCAGUCUCUGCCCCGGUUUACGAGGCCGGACUCAGUUUCUCCUCCAUCCUCUCGCCUAGGCCGUGGAUUCCGCUCCAUCCGCCUCCAUCAGGCUCCGUAUCGGCGCCAGCUCCAGUUUCCCGUUGCGGCAGAGGCGGAGGAACCCCUGAGAACGAGCCGAGUCAGCGGCACGUUCUCAGCGGUGCUCAAAACAACCAGUGUACUCGAUGACAUUCCAGCGCAAUGUCAGAGCGUUUGGGGCAAACUACCAAGGGGAAGGAUGGAAAAGCAAAGUACUCCUCCCUCAGUCUGUUUGAUAAAUACAAGGGAAAGUCUCUAGAAACCCAGAAGUAUUCAGGAGGUGUCCCUCGACAUGGCUUGCAAAGUCUUGGUAAAGUGGCUGCUGCUCGGCGCAUGCCGCCACCUGCAAAUCUCCCCAGUUUGAAGGCUGAAAACAAAGGCAACGAUCCAAACGUGACAAUUGUACCAAAAGACGGAACAGGAUGGGCAAGCAAACAGGAGCAGCCGGACCAAAAGAAUACCAGAGUAUCAGCAGCACCGCAGCCAGAGUCGCCGUCGCAGCCGGUUUCGCAGACGUCUGCCUCCAGUGUGGCAAAAACAGCUCCAGUCCAGGAGAGCACAAAUUCGGCACAAGGUGGAAUAAAGUCAUGGGCACAAAUAAAAGCAAAGCCAGUAGGACCAGGGCCAGGAACUGGCGCAAAGGUGUUAAACAAGCAGUUACCAUUCUCUCACGAGGAAUUUCCAACAUUAAAAGCAGCUGUAGACCAGGAAAAGGCUGGAAAAGAAAAGGACACUACAGGUCAAUCAUAUGGGCCAGGACCAAGCCUCCGCCCACAAAAUGUUGCCAUUUGGAGGGAGGGUGGUGGUCGAAACCUAAACCCUGCAGCCACAUUAACUAUAUCACCACCAGAGGUAGAAGCCAAAACCUCAUGCCAAGAUGAUCCAGUAAAUGUACCAGUUUCAUCAAGUGAGCCAAAGGAACCUUCCCUGCGGCCUGCUACUCCGCUGAGGAGAGGCUCGGGAAUUCUGCUGCAGGCUGGGUCUCACCAGUUCCCAGCCACCUACCGUGAUAUGCUGCCUACAUUUAUGUGCCCACCACAAUCACAACCUCAGCCUAUCCCUGCACAUGAUGCACAGGGAUCUUUACAGUAUCCGUUCCAACCACCUGAGCCAAUUAAAUAUCCUCGUGGUGUUACUCGUACAACGCGCCCCGUCAGGCCUGUCCGGCGACAAGGUGAAUCUGCUGAUCGACCCGCCAUCAUUAAUCCUGAUGACCUGAAAGAACUGGAUCAGCUGGACAUUGAAACUGAAGAUGGAUGGGCUGGUGAACACGAGGAAGUGGAUUAUUCAGAAAAGCUUAAGUUCAGUGAUGAUGAUGAUGAAGAGACCGCAAGAGAGAAGAAAGAAAAAUGGGAAAGGGAUAUGAAAAUGGCACGCCAACAAUCUCUAAAUGCUAAGCUUGAAGCAAAGGUGGAACCCUUCCUAUGUGGUGAAUCCAUUUGGGGUAACGCAUUAUCUUCCAGCCAACCAAGUCAUGGCCUACAAGAUACUGAGCCACGUUGGAGCUUAAAUCCUACUGAGACACGGGCUGGCGUCUUCCAAAAAUUGACUGGAGGUAAUAGGUGGGCAGACUCUCAUGUUGAGAAAGAUGAAGUGUGGCGUCAGAGGCCAACUUCUGGCACCAAUGAACGUUCUGAGGCAUUGGAGCGAGUGAGGAGAAGGCGCGAAGAAGAGGAGCGACGGGCUCAGGAAGAGAGACUCGCUGCUUGUGCUGAAAAACUCAAGAAACUCGAUCAAAAACGAGUGAUAGAGAACUCUGUUAAAUUUGACAUACAGAAAAAAGACUAUGUUGAAACUAAGGAGAGCAAGGACUCUGUACCUCUGUCUACACAGCAGAAGCCCUACACCGAAAUCAAGCAGAGCUUACCAAAAGAAAAACGUGAACUGACUGUGGAACUCCCUGCCGAGGACAAGGUGAAAAAAGAAAUCCCUGCUGUCGGUGCUGAAAGUGAUGAUGACAACAACAUCCAGGGGAAUGAGCCCACGCUGCCAAUUCAGAACUACAACAAGUUCCACAAGACCCUGCCGCCGAGGUUCCAGCGACAACAACAGGAGCAGCUGUUAAAGAUGCAGCAAAGACAGCAACAACAGCAAGGGUCUUUAAUACCACCACCAGUUGCACCUCCACAUUCCCACACACAGAGACAUGUCUACCCAAGUCCAGUCGGCCCACCUCCUCCACACAUGCUUGGCUAUGACCCUCGCUGGAUGAUGAUGCCCUCUUAUAUGGAUCCUCGACUGACCCCAGGGAGGGCACCAAUUGACUUUUACCCAUCCGGUGUUCUUUCCUCUGGAAUGAUGAAGCCUGUGAUGCGUCCUGAUCAUUCAGACAAUAUUACUUCAGGAACUGAGCAGCAAGAAAGGUCCCCUAUACUGUUACACGAGAAAAGAACUCCACCCACAGAACCACAGUUAAAUUGGAGUCAUGAUGACUUCUCAACUGCUCAAAACAGGACGUUUAUGUUAAACAGUCAGAGAUCGCAAGAGGAUAGUGCUGCAGAAGAGAGGUGUGCUAGGAAUGAAAGACUUCCCACGCCACCUGUGAGGAGUGAUCUAAUUUCCCAGCCGACCAUGAAGAUACAAAGAGAUCCAUUUGAGGAACAGAUUGAAGAGUAUCGAGUUGCACCAGCAGACAAAUUGCUAAAAAUAGUUCGUUUAGAAUCCCAGACUGAACUAAUAAAAGAUAAAAGACCUGAGGUGGUUCCAAAUAUGUCAAAGGUCCUGGGAAGGGAUAUUCUCUUUCAGCAUCAAACAAAUCCUCACUUACUUCAUAAAGAACUCUUCUCACCAGAGUCUGAGCAAAUUGGGCUGAAUUUGUCUUCAAGAGACAGUACUGAGGCAUCAAAGCCCGCUGAAAACAUUGAAGAUAUCAUAUCUCACACCUGGGAUUAUGUACAUCCGAAAGAGCAUUUGAGCCCUAAGGUUGAUGAACAUGACGAUACCAGAGAGGAGAAAGUCUUUCGGGCGGAAAUAUGGCAGACUGAUAAUUUGUCAACGGUAGAGUCCAAACCUGCAACUCAGUGGGAGCCUCUAAAAGGAAAUCAUGUUGAUCGUCGUGAGACAGUCGGGAAAAUGAUAGGUAGAAGAUCGGGACCAAUUAAAAAACCCGUCCUUAAAGACCUCAAGACUGAAAAGAAUGAAGAGACCGAGAAAGUUAAAUUGGAAUCUGUUCAGAAAAAUACCCAGAAUAAAGUGGACCAGAUAAAGACUGAGGGUAAGGUGAUGAAAACUAAUGGAGGCAUGUCACCUUCUUCACAAACUUCCAUUUCCUGUUUGAACAUUAGACAUAAAGAAUUGACUGUCUCACCAGUGCCUCCGGCUAAAUUUGACUGGGAAAUAGAGAAACCACCAAGAAAGGAGAAUAAAGCAUGGGAUGUUAGAUCGAUGAAUAAAGACAACGUUGACUUUCCCCCACCACAGAGGGGAAACUGGAUUGAAGGUGAUGAUCAACAAAGUUUCAGCAAUCGAGGCCAAGGGCGAAGCAGGGGUCGAGGUCGAGGAGAUCUUUCUGGCAGAGUUGGUGAGAUCAGAAGCUCUUACAACAACUUCAGCAGAGGAAAUCGGCAGAAUCCUAAAGAUUAUGGUAAUUCAUUGGAAGAUAGCCAAAAGAACCCCAAUCGACGUCGAAAUGUUAGUGAGACGCGAAGUAAGGAGUCUGAAUAUGAAGAUAUACCAAAGCGCCGGAGGCAGAGGGGAACUGGAGCCGGCAAUGAGGCCACAAUUGAGUCAGCAUAUUCCGACAGAGAGGGGAAGAAUAUGUUCAAAGAUCCUGUAAGGAGAACCAAGAGGAUACCUGAUGGGCAUACAAUUGGUGAAAUGGAAGAUGAAAGGGGCCCAUCAAAAAUGUUUGAGAGGGCGUUACCUCCUCGGUUGAGUAACUCUGGGAGAGGGCGCAACUUUGCCCCUCGUGGAAUGCCUUCAAGGCAAAACAGAACGUCAAUGUUCAAGCUAAAUGGUACCUAUCAACUAAAUGGUGAUGUUUCAACUUCAUUGAUGCUACCUAAAAGGCAGCCGCUUAAGGAAUCUACAAAAGUGCUUAACAGGGGUUUGGAAGUGGCACUAGAAAGUGCUGGAGAGGAAAAUGAAGUUGCAGACAAGAUCUCUUUUUCUGGAAUUCCGGCCACAGAAGAUCAGCCACCCAAAAGGGAGCGAUCAAUGGAUAUGCCGCCAAGGAGAAGGAGACCACCUCGACAGGACAAACCUCCACGAUUCAGGCGGCUUAAACAAGAAAGAGACGCGGCCACUGAAAUAAACAAUGAUGUGUCAGCUCCUGUAGACAAUUAUAUUGCUAACACGACCACAAGAACCGACGAUCAGGAAAUGGCCUCCCUUGUAGCUGGAAAUAAGUCACCAGACCUGUCCAAUCAAAAUUCCUCUGACCAAGCAAAUGAGGAGUGGGAAACUGCUUCUGAAAGCAGUGACUUUACUGAGAGGCGAGAAAGAGAGAACAGAGCAUCCCAGAAUAACCUGACUCCUGAAGUCGAUGUGGCAGAUACUGGACUUGGGCAGAGAAAGGAAUUAGCUAAGCGCAGCUUCUCCAGCCAACGGCCAAUUGAUAGGCAAAACCGCAGAACAAAUCCAGGCUAUGGAGGAAAGUCUCCAAAGUCUAAUGGGACCGGUCCCAGAAAUGAAAAGGCAUCCGGGCAACCAUCAAGAAUCAAAAGGUAUGUAGAAGAACAACUGUGUGACCAGAUAGCAGUGAAUGGAGGGAGUGUCAACACAGUGUAUUGUGUCGAGCGUGUGGUUCCGAAUGACCCAGCAGCUGUACAAAUUGCAGUGAAGGAUGCAUCAAAUAAAAAGAAGGAAAAGGAUGUAAAGCCUGGCGUGAAAAAAUCAAAAGAGAAGACUGAUGCUUUGGCCCAGUUUGAUUUAAACAAUUAUGCAAGUGUUGUCAUUAUUGAUGAUCACCCAGCUGUAGCAGUGGAGGAACAACCGUCUGUGUCCACCGUAAAUGAUGGUUUUACUGAAGUCAUCUCAAAAAAACACCGUCGUUUGCUUGAAGAGGAGCGCAGGAAGAAAGAGCAAACAUUGCAGGCACCAGGGAAAAGUCGGAAUGAGAAGAGCUGGACAUCUUCAUCCAAAAUUCCUCCUCGUUUUGUUAAAAAGCAACAGAUUUCCAAUGCAAUAGCUGAACAAACUGAAGAAAGCUUCUCUAAGGUGCAGGCCGCAUCCAACAGUCUAGGGACAGAGAUCUGGGAGAACUCCAGUGCACCCCUUCCUGUUCAGCCGACCAGCAGCGAUGGUUGGGUAAAACCUAUGCAUUCUUACACAGGAUCUGAAUCUGCUUGUACAGAAAGUUUCAAGGCAAGUCAGCCCGACAGUGGAGUUGAACUCAGUGCUGAUUCCCAAGGUUCAUCUGCAACAUCAUCACAGCGAAGCUCACCUUAUGGUGCGCUAAAGCCAGAGGGAGGAGUAAUGACUGAAGUCAAUGGAGCCAGUGCAGACACAUCAGUAGAUAAAUCGAAUGGGAAAACAGAUGAUCCCAAGGAGCCACGGCAGAAGUCAGAAAGACCAGAGUACAAGGUUCCGGAGCCAGCUGAAGGGCAGAGCAAAGACCACAAGCCAGGGCCAAUAGGAAAUGAACGAUCCUUGAAAAACAAGAAGGCGAAAGAGUGCCUAGAACCAGAGGGAACAGAGCGAAAUGAUGGGAGCAUUAAUUCGAAAACGGCAGCUGAUAACAGACCAAUUGCCAAAGCAGGGUUGGAUUUGCACGUAGAGUCUGUCAUUCCAGUUCCACCCAUAGAGUUCGGAGUGAGUCCAAAGGAUUCAGAUUUCAAUUUGCCACAGAAUUCAGUGCCGAAUCCAGUUUCCAACUCGAUCACUAAACUGCAGGAUGUAUUAGUGAACAACGUAACACUAAGCCAGUCAAUCCCAAUCCUGCGAAGAGAGCAUCUCCAACAGGGUCCUAACCUCACUCCUGUUUCUCUACCAAGUACAGACCUUACAUUAAAGAUGGAGUCUGCCCGCAAAGCCUGGGAAAAUUCUCCCAGUGUUGCUGAGCAGAGUUCUCCUGGUAGCAGUAGUGCCAGUACACAGACUCCAUGUAACACCGGCCCACCUAGUGGAGUAGGCUACAGCCCAAUUGGAUGUUCUCCUGUGCCUCCUAUGCCAAUGGUCUCAGUUGCACCCUCUGUGUCUUUGCCAGGGAGCCAUAUUUCCCCUUUGUACAUGGAUGGCCACGUUUUUGCCAGUCAAACGCGGCUCCUUCCGCAAUCAAUCCCACAACAGCAAGGUUUCCAGGCUGGCCUCUCUCAGGCUGCUGCAGCACACCAGAUUCAAAUGCCAGUGCAUACAUCCUUACAGGCCCAGGCACCCCUUGGAUUGAGGAAUGGACUGCCUGUCUCCCAGUCUCAAGAUAUGUUUGGUUCAAUGCAGCCUUUCAGGUCACAAGUGUACAUGCAUGCCAGUCUUUCUCAGCCAUCCACAAUGGUCUUGUCUGGUGCUCCUAUGAAAACUCCGUAUACAGCUUUCCCCACAGUUCCAACCUCUGACAUGGUGAAGCCACAGCCAGGGUCUCAUUAUCAAGCAAUUGGAGGAAAUCAGACCCUCAUGUAUGAAAGUCAACUAAACCAGCCUGGGCUUACCACUUCACAGAUCAUGGACUCUCAGCUGAUACAGGUGACCAUGUCCAUGCCUGGAUCCCAAUUGUCUCUGCCCAGAUUUGGCUCAGGCCAGCAACAACUAAUUGCAUUAACUCAGUCCAUCCAGCUUCCCCAAGCGCAGAGUUUGAGUGUUGGUGGGACCAGAAGACUCCUACCCCCAGGAUCUCAGCCUCCUAUUCUACCUACUGGCAGAGAGAUUCCCCAAAUGGACCUAAAAGCAUUUCAAUAUGCAGAUAACAAGCAGCUUUCCUCUGGGAUCCCUGGAGGACCUGUACCAAACCUCUUCAGACCCAGUUGUUCAAGCCCAAGUGGGAAAAUGUCUGGACCUGGAUCAUCUGUGAACACCAUGGGCUUAAAUAUUCCAGGAGGUAUCCAGGGCCACUAUGCUCAACAGAUGCCACCUCCACCCCAGGGCAACAUGAUCAUGCACAUGAGGCCUCCCAGUGUAGGAACAUAUCCUACUCCAAUUCAACGUCCUGUGAUGCAGAUGAACAAAGGGCCCAUUGCACCUCCUAUGACAAUACGCCAGCCUCGAAUGCACAGCUCGACUCGGGAGAAUUCAGUACCUACUAUUCGAGCUUGCAACUCUGAAAGAGGAGAGGAAGAUAUGAAGGCUAAACAGCGGGCAGAGGUGCUGCAGUUGACCCAAAAAUUCUUUGAACAGCAUCAGCAGGGGAAGCUUGCCAACCUGGCCCAGAAGGUGGAACCAGCCACUUCUAAUGUUGAUCAUGGAGAAGAAAGCUCAACCUUAAAUGUUUCAAACAUUCAGGACCCAGCCAGUGAUGCUGUGACACAGGAGAGAGCUCUCUGAACUGGACCAGUUGAGCACCAUGGCAUUAAAGCAGAAGAUGGGGAAGCAUAAGGAUCCCCUACAGUUUAACAAAAAAUGAUAUAUAUCUAAAUAUAUAUAAUAAUCAGAACGGACCCGGGAUUUCUGGAAUGCUAAGACUUCGUUUAAAAAAAAAAAAUGCUGUUUCAUUUGCUGCUCGGUCUUGAAAAGCAGAGAGUAAAACUGAUACCAGUACAAGGUGAUAUGAACUUGAGGCUUUUGUACUUCUCGAGAGGAUGAUUAUUAAUUCAGUAUCCACAGUUGAAUUCAGGAUAUGUAACCAACUUUGGCAAGUGAGUAUCCAUUUGGAAUGCUGCAGGAUGGAUACGUAGAAGAAUUGUACUGAGUUCUGGUUGUUAACAUGUGCUGGUUUCCUUUCUUGUACAGUAUGUUGCACCUACGUCGUGGCAUUACAGCAUGGUGCAUCAGCUAACUUCUAGUCAUUGGUUCUUUUGUGAACGGAGACAAAAUCAGAGAUUUGGAAUAUAGAAAUUAUUUCUGUGACGUUCGUGCAGAGAGACACAGUUGUACAUUGUCACCUGACAAUCCAUUUAUAUAUAUGUUGGUCAUGUACUGAAAAAUAAGAUUAACCAAGAUGUAGUGCAUUUCGACUUUUCAAUUUCAUAAUGACUGAAAAAUGUAAUUCCCACCGUAGUAGUUUGGAAGAAGUCAAAUUUACCAUUAGUUCAAGACUGCAGCAUAGUUUUAAGUUACAUUUACAGCAAACUAUUACUUGGAGAAAUGGCAUUUAUCGAAUGCAGUUUUAUUAGUUGCUUGAUGGCUUACUUCAUUUCUUUACAGUAAGUGGACAAAUGUGUGGAAAUAAGGAUAUACUAUUGAAAUUGUAUACAAAAAUCAAUAGCACUUUUUUUUUUCCUUGAAUAUUGAAGAAACGGUUUGUUGAUUAUUUGCAAUGGGAGCUGGCUGGCAACUUUGAGGGCAUCUGUCAUUCUUUUCCUAGAGUUUGACUGUUUAGACUUUACUUCAUGCAGAAUAUUUUGUCCGUGACAAGUGAGAAUGGGCUAUGAGCAGUGCUGUAUUUCCAGUAUAGUUAAUUGAACCAUUUGAAUUGGAUGUUGUGCGCACAUCUCAAUGUCCAGAAUACAAAUCAUUCAUAUCCAGCACUGUCGUUCCUGUAAGUGCUAAACAUUGAGGAGAAAGAUUGUUGAUUCUGCAAAUUAAGAAUCCUUUUGUGGAGGAGCAUGACGCAAAAUGAGGAAUAAGUAGUCAUUUGUUUAAAAAUAGUACCAUGCUUUUAAGUCAUGACAUGUAUAGUGCAUGUGGAGAAAUAUAAUAAAUAAAUGUGCAUAUGUAUUUGCGCGCAUUUCAAUAACUUAGCAACUUUGGCAUCGGUGUUGAUGGACUACUGCAGACAGUCCUGUAAGGCUGAAUUAUCCUUACCUUUAUAAUUUGGAAUAUUGCACUCCACUGUUCAUAGUUCACCAAUAUACAAAUACAAUUAUGAAUUUUGGUCUCCAUUUAUCUGUAAUGAACUGAAUUCCAUGACAAAAUUGCUUUUGAAUCCAAGGAAUUCAAUUUUACAGUGUACUUUCUGGUAAAUAACUAAAUGACUUUUGCCCUCCAUUAUGUUGAUCAAAUGUGGCAGGAAGGAUAUAGUUCAGCUUAUUUGCAGUUAUUGUUUAUGUUGAUACAAAACGAUCUGUUUGGCACUGUUGCGGGAUUUGAAUUAGUACGGUAACUAUGUGAUAACACGAAACGUGAUAUGUGUGGCACAUUCCUCGGGAUUCCCUGACAGCCGGGGUCACUUCGUUAACAUUCUUAUUGCUAAUCAACUGGUUUAGACAACUAAUCUGAAUAUGUGUGUAAGGAAUUAACUCGGACUAGUAUCUUUGCUGAAAGAUGAGUUGUCAAGAGAAAGGCCUCAAAGUUAUUCUGUUUCACACAACUGAAUAUGACCUCUUACUAAGCUGUGGAGCAGUCUUUCCUCGCCUCCACUGUAGAUCUCUUAAUUGUAUUGAGCUUCUCAAUCCAGGCUGUUUGCUUGAAUAUAACAGAGACAGUAGCUGUAGCAAAGGUUGUCAUAAUUGUUAACAUUUCAACUCUGAGAGUUCCAACUUCAUGUUUUUUGUUUAGUAUCAUUUUUAUAUAUUGGAUGAGAAUUUUUAAAUUUUGUGAAAAGCAAUGAGGGUUAAUCAGGAGUCACCGUAAAACAUCAUCCCUUGAGGGGGUUUAAUUUUAAAGCAGUCAUUAGUCUUAGCCGCGGGCAAAUUUAAAAGUAAUCCAUCUUCAUAUUUUUAUUGUGUAAUGUAAUCUUGGCAUCCCUUAACACUGCGUGAAUUGGUAAAGAAUUCAGCGGUUAGAUCGAUAUUUUUACAAUGUUGUGGCAUUCAGGAUAAUUUCUGUUGUCUGCACAUGAUGGAUUUAGAAUUUUCUCUUUUUAUGUAAUUCGCUGAAGAAUCGGGAGGGAUCAGGUCAGAGAAUAAUCAUGUGAUUGAGAGCCUGAAAAAUGUGUUAUACCAUUAAGACUCCUAGUAACUGAAUUUUGAAUUUAAAUUACAAGACAAUUUUGAUCUUGUGUAUUUCUUAAGUGAAGAGGAAUCUCAAGUUGAAUUAGUAUUCAUUGUCAAGUACAUGCAAGUAUUACAUAACUCUAGCCUGUCAUAACAUAACUCUAGCCUUUCAUUAGAUUUGAAACAUAAAAC